AUGUCAUACGGCCGGGAUCUGUUUGGGGGUCGCGGUCGCGAUACGCCGCCGCAGGGCCCUCCGAGCUACGAUCGACGACCGCCACCGCCCGGUGCGUUUGGCGGACCUCCUCGGCCUCCUCCACAGCAGCAACAGUACCCGCCAGCCAUGCGAGAAAGCGGCGCACGUCGGCCAGUCUCUGGCGGCCACGGACGUGGGUCGUGGUCUCUUACGCCUGUCAAAAGCCCAGAUAAUACCUUCACCUUCCGGAACUUAGUUGCGGUGUCGACUCAAGACAUUCCACCCUCCCGCGAUGGCUCUGACGUCCUUUUGCUUGUCAAUGGCAUGUUCGUCGUAUCUGCGCGACCGAUCGACCAGUUCCAACCCGGAACCAUCGGCCUUUCUGAACCACAAAGAUCAUGGAUGGGAAUUGCUUUGACAGACCAGGUGCAGGUUGAGGUGUACGACGUCUUCAGUCAGGGUUCACAGGCAUAUCUAGGUUCAGUUGAUAUCGAAGUUGGCUUUGCCAGCAAAACAAAGACCCCACAAACACCAUACGACCAGGAUGAUCUAGCGAAAGAGGUUUCGAAGGUCUUUCAAAAUCAGGUCUUUGCCCCCGGACAGCGAUUCCUUAUGGACCUGCGAAGCGUGCCACUCAACCUUGUCAUCAAGACAGUUCAAUUGAUGGAUUUGAACGAGAAGGCGUCAUCCACGCCGCCUGCCUCCGACCCACGAUCGCGGGGCAUACUCACUCCUCAUACUCAGAUGAACUUCUUCAAAGACGCAAAGACCAGCAUCAACAUCAAAGCGUCCACCCGUCGACCGGCCGCCAACGCAAUUAUCGCGCCAGACUUCAAAUUUGAGGACAUGGGUAUUGGUGGUCUCGAUGCCGAGUUCAGCACCAUCUUUCGUCGCGCAUUUGCUUCUCGCAUCUUCCCUCCUGGCUUGGUGGAGAAACUCGGAAUCCAGCACGUGAAAGGCAUGCUGCUUUUCGGCCCUCCUGGUACUGGCAAGACGUUAAUCGCUCGUCAAAUUGGCAAAAUGCUCAACGCUCGGGAGCCCAAAGUAAUCAACGGUCCGGAAGUUCUCAACAAAUACGUUGGCCAGUCUGAGGAGAACAUUCGGAAACUCUUUGCGGAUGCCGAGAAGGAGUAUAAAGAGAAAGGCGAUGAGUCAGGGCUACAUAUCAUCAUCUUCGACGAACUCGAUGCCGUGUGCAAACAGCGUGGUAGUGGUGCGGGUGGUGGCACUGGUGUUGGCGACAGCGUCGUCAAUCAGCUCCUGUCGAAGCUGGACGGCGUGGACCAACUCAACAACAUCCUCCUCAUCGGCAUGACGAAUCGAAAGGACAUGAUUGACGACGCCCUGCUGCGGCCUGGCCGUCUUGAGGUGCAUAUGGAGAUCUCGCUUCCGGAUGAGCACGGUCGACAACAGAUCCUCAACAUCCACACCACCAAGAUGCGUACCAACAAUGUGAUGGACUCGGACGUUGACCUGGCCGAACUCGCGAAGCAGACCAAGAACUUUUCUGGUGCCGAGAUCGGUGGUCUGGUCAAGUCUGCAACCUCGUUUGCCUUCAAUCGACACGUGAAGGUCGGCACGGUGGCCGGUGUUUCCGACGAUGUGGCGAACAUGAAGGUCAACCGAGAGGAUUUCCAGCAUGCACUCGAGGAGGUCAAACCUGCGUUUGGUGUGAGUGAAGAAGAGCUCGCCAAUUGCUUACGCGGCGGCAUCAUCCACUUCUCGCCAUAUAUCCAAGACGUAUUGCAAGAGGGCCGUUUGUUUGUCAGCCAAGUCCGCAACUCGACAUCCACGCCUGUGUUCUCGGUCUGCCUUCACGGGGCUCCAAACAGUGGAAAGACAGCCUUAGCAGCGCAAAUUGCGAUCGACAGCGGAUAUCCCUUCAUCAAACUUAUUUCGCCCGAAGAUAUGGUCGGCAUGUCUGAGACUAUGAAGAUACAGCAGCUCACCAAGGUGUUUAUGGAUGCAUACAAGUCUCCAGCCUCGGUCGUGGUGCUGGAUAGCAUUGAGAACAUUCUGGAAUGGGUGCCCAUCGGCCCGCGGUUCUCCAAUCCCAUUCUGCAGACCCUGAUCACGCUAUUGCGCAAACAACCACCGCAGGACCGUAAGUUGCUGAUCCUAGCUACCACUAGCGACCGGUCUUUGAUGCAGCAACUUGGUAUCUGGAACAAUUUCUCGUCCGACAUUCCUGUUGCGGUGGUGAAGACCUACGAUGAGCUCGGCUACAUCAUGCACGAAAGCAAAGCAUUCAGUCAGCAGGAGAUCCAGGCCUCGAUGAGGGAGAUUCAAGAAACCACGGGCUCACAAGAGGUCGGCGUGGGCAUCAAGAGAGUUCUUCUGGGUAUGGAAACGGCUAAACAGGACGCGGAUAAAGCCUCGAGGUUCGCGGGCGUGAUGGGAAGAGCGAUAGCAGAAAGGUAG